AAAUUCACCACGAAUCACCCAAUUUCCUACUCUUUGGGAUUGGGAAUGGAGGAAGCUUUUUGCCUUUUCACCUUUCCAACAGAGAUGGGUAGUGUAUCGUUCGGCUUGUUUUCACGAACAAAACAACGACUCGGAUCUGUUAUCAGUUUAGUAGCAUUCGAGCAGCCAUCUGAAACGGUUCACGGCUAUACGCGUAGUCUUGAUGGUUUUGCAGUUUAGGCGUCGGAAUUUUGGAGAGUGUGUUUCGAUAUUUGUUGCACGUGCGUGAAUGUUUAUCAUCAGAGUAGGCUUCGAUUGAACAACUUGUAAGAGUUUCGGGAAUAGCCAUAGCCUACUGGAUUAGCUUGAGCGACUUCUCCGAACAGGGAGGCAGUGGAGGAGGACGUCGACCGGUUCUUCCUUCAACCGAGGAGGGAACUGAACGCGUGCGAGUGCCAAGUGGGUUCAGCAUGGCGUCGACAGCGAUAGAUUACGACUACCUUAUCAAAUUCCUGACCAUCGGCGACUCGGGCGUUGGGAAGACGAGCUUCCUCUAUCAGUACACAGACGGCGUGUUUCACACCAAGUUCAUUUCGACGGUGGGGAUCGACUUCCGCGAGAAACGUGUGCUGUACAACUCGAACGGCAUCAACCACAGGAUACACCUGCAACUCUGGGACACCGCAGGCCAGGAGCGGUUCCGCAGCCUGACCACGGCCUUCUACCGGGACUCGAUGGGCUUCAUCCUCAUCUUCGACAUCACCAACGAGCAGAGCUUCCUCGAUGUACAAAGUUGGAUGGAACAGCUCAAACAGCACGCCUACUGCGAAGAUCCGGACAUCGUACUGUGCGGCAACAAGGCCGACUUGGAUCACAAGCGGGUGAUCAGCGAAACGAGAGCCCAGAGCUUGGCCGAAAAGUACCAGAUCGAGUACAUUGAGACGAGUGCGUUCACCGGGCACAAUGUGGCGGCCGCCGUGGAACUGCUGCUGAACAAGGUGAUGAAACGGAUCGAAACCAUCGUGCUGAGCUCGACGAUACAGGCCCGGAGGGGCGUUCCGAAGCUGUUUGUCGACACGAAGAACCCCCCGGUCAAGCUGGAAGGGGCGAACGGGACGGACAAACCGUCCGGAUGCCGAUGUUAGACGACCAAGGGGUGGGGAAGGCGAUUGUUUUGUAUGGCGAGCAACUUUUGUGAAUCUCUCAAGGGACGAACCGUAGACAAAUUUUGACUUUUGAAACAAGAACUUUUAUACGAGAAACUCAGCGAACGCUAGCGAUCGCUGGCUACGCGGAUCGUUUGUUAAGAAACUUUGUGAAUUGUUAUAAACAGAUUAAUGUUGGAUUUUUGUUUGUUCGUGAAACGAGAACCAAAAAAACCGAGCUGCUUCGAUGCCAACUGUUGGUGUUUGUAUUGUGACAAAACGUGCGUGUCGAAACGUUAGAAACCACAAAAUUGUGAAUACGACAAUAUGCAUUUAAAAUGAAGAGAACCGAAACCAGUAUUGUGAAUGUUGACUCCGUAGUUGAUGUAUAUUGAGACAAAUGUUAUGGUAAUACGAUGUCUGUCAGAUUUUA